GAUAUGAUGGCCGCGAAGAUGGAACUCGCAGAGCUCUACGAGAUAAACGAUGACCCGAAACGGAAAGAAUUUCUUGAUGACCUGUUUUCGUUUAUGCAAAAAAGGGGAACGCCAAUCAACAGACUACCCAUAAUGGCGAAGUCGGUGCUAGAUCUCUACGAAUUGUACAACCUGGUGAUAGCGAGAGGGGGAUUGGUAGAUGUUAUAAAUAAAAAAUUGUGGCAGGAAAUAAUUAAAGGACUGCACUUGCCCUCGUCUAUCACAUCUGCUGCGUUUACUCUCCGCACACAAUACAUGAAGUACCUCUACCCCUACGAAUGCGAGAAGCGUCGGUUGAGCACUCCGGCCGAACUGCAGGCCGCCAUCGACGGCAACCGUCGAGAAGGCCGCAGAAGCAGUUACGGUCAGUACGAUUCCAUGCAGAGGUCGCCCAACCCCAACCUGCAGAUGUCCUCCUUGUCGCUUGUAUCCCAGCAGCAGCAACAACAGCUGGCCGCCCGUAUGAUGGGUAGCGGCAUCAACCUGCACAACGGAGCGCACCACCCCAGUCAUCCCCAACCCAUGGGGCAACCGAUAAAUGGAGGACCGCUCCCUGGUCUAGCCCCUAGCGAAUUCGAGGCCCGCAUGAUGGAGUACGUGAAACUCCUCAACAAGGAAAUCAGGAGUUCGGCUGCCACGCCGCCCAGGCAAGGCGACGUUUCGCCGCCGAACGCCACUUCCCCCCUCAAUCAGUUGGAAAUGUCGCGGAUGACGCUUUGGAAUUUAUAUAACAACAAUCAGCCUCCUGUGGAGCCGCAGAAGGAGCCAAUGAAUCUGUCGGAACCAUCGGCGACGGUGAAACGGGAGCCAGAGUGCCGAGAUUCACCACCACCCGCGAAGAGGAUGUCCAAAGAAGAAGAAGAGCCCGAACCUCCUAAGGAGCACUCUCCUGCGACACAUAUCAAGAUAAACAGUAGAGGAGAUUCCCGCAACGGGGACAACUCCCUCGUAGUCAGCAUGGAACUCAACGGCGUUACCUACCAGGGCGUCCUGUUUGCGCAGAACACGCCAUCUAGCAACCGAACGGCCUUGGCGUCCUAAGCGCUCGUUCUUCGUCCGAUAGAGAGCGCCUACCCGACUUUUGUAUUUAUUUUUUUUACAGUGUUCUAGCCUAUCAUAGUGUGUAUAGAGACUACAUGCACAAACACCACUCUAUCGAAGACUCUAUUGUGAAUUUUGUUAGAUUUUUUUAUACUUAAUUAGUUUUUUGUCUCUCGAAAUUUAUCAAUCGAGCAUGUGAUUUUUAAAUUAUACUGUAGCCUUUUUUUGUGAAGGAUAGGUUGUAAGGAUCGUGCCCGUGGCCAGUUUUACACGCUAGCAGCUUUUACAUAGUUGUUAUGAAAUUUUAUGUUAGCAGUAACAAUUUUGGAACAGAGCGUGUAUUUUUUUUAAACCGUGCCAUUUGGUCUUUCACUGCUUGUAGAAACAAGGCUGUUUAUUCUGCUGUCGAUGGCUCGCAACUGAAUUAACAUAUUAACAUACCUUUUUCAUAGCAAGUUUUUCUGCGGAUGAAACCUGUAAGUAUUCACUUUCUGAAGUAAGAAGUUUAUUACAAAUAAUUACAAAAAUAUUUACUAUUAAUUAUUUAUUAACAAAUUAUCUAUUUUCAGUUAUCACUCUAUCAAUGUAAAUAAAUCAUUAAUGUAAGGAUAAUAUUAUUAAGCUGCAUUUUCAUUUUGUUGAAGUUUCUUACUCUCAACUAAUAUGUUUUUGCAACAAAAAAAUUGUGAAUUAUGAAUGACUUUUAAUUUACAUUGAUAUAUCGGCUGGGGACUAUAUACAGGGUGG